CAUGAUGGGAACUAGGACUCAGAAUAGCACAACACAAGUGACCGAGUUCAUCCUCAUUGGCUUCCAACUACCUAGGGCCAUGGAACUCUUCCUUUUUUCAUUGCUCCUGGUUGUGUUGUUUUUCACUUUGGCUGGGAACCUCAUGAUUAUCACUCUGGUAUGCGUGGACCAACGUUUGCAAACCCCCAUGUAUUUCUUCCUCUGCAACCUCUCCUUUCUGGAGGUAUUUUUCGUUCUGUCAAUCACACCGAAGAUGUUGACCAAUCUAGUUUCUAUGAACAAAUCAAUCUCUUUCUUGGGCUGCGUCAUUCAGUGCUACUCUUAUUUCUUCUUUGGUACCUGUGAGAUCAUCAUCAUUGCCGUGAUGGCCUUUGACCGCUACAUUGCUAUCUGCCAUCCAUUGCGCUACACCAUCAUCAUGAAUGGGCGGAUCUGUGUGAGUCUUGUGUUGGGCUACUGGAUUGCUUCUUUUAUGAGUAGUUUUUUGCCAAUUUUUCUCCUGGGGCAGCUGUCCUUCUGCAGCUCUAACGUGAUCGAUCAUUUCUUCUGCGACUAUGCUCCACUGAUCCAGCUUUCUUGCAAUGAUGUAGAUACUCUCCUGAGGCUGGAAUCUAGCCUCUCUGCUCUGAUGUUACUCAGCUCUUUGUGUGUAACUGUUGUCUCUUACGUCUACAUAAUUGUGACUAUCUUGAGGAUGAAGACCAGUGGCAGUCGUAAGAAGACUUUUUCAACCUGUGCCUCUCACCUCACGGUCGCUUCCAUCUUCUACGGCAGUGCCAUCUUCAUGUACUCUUUGCCCAGCAAGGGUCGGUCUCGGGAUGCCCAGAAAGCUGUGGCAGUUCUUACUGCUGUGGUUACCCCAUUACUGAACCCUUUUAUUUACACUUUGAGGAAUGAGAAAGUCAAGGAUGCUUUCCGAGACUGUUUGCAGAGGCACAAACGUAUUUUGUGAGGAGAAAUCAUUGGAAGGACGUUGCCAACCUUGGCUGAUCUCAUACAAAUGUAAACAGACUUGGAUUUUAUUAAUACACUAGCUGAUAACCUGACAUUGCCUGGGUAUUUAUUUAUCCCAAUCCUGUAUUAGACAGGACAAGCAACUUAAUCCUGAGCCCUGAUUUCAGCAAGAAUUAAAUUAGUUAAAAAUGUUUUCCCUGUGCCCCCAAAGCAUCUAGUAAAAUGAUUCCAUCUUGUUGUUUUGCUAGCUGAUCCAUGAUCAUUUGGUAGGCUUUUUUCUGAUAUUGAUUUAGAAGUCGCUCCUUGUCCAUGAUAUACUGUUUGCACUAAGCUGUUCGACAUUGUAGUUCUUUUCUCGUAUGUAAUCUGUGUGAAGUACGUCAUCUCGGUCUCGUAGUGGUGCAAGCAGGCCGAGUUGCAGUAAUGUUUUACUGAUCAUGGCCAUACAUUUGUCCUCAAAAAUAAUUGAAGCCUUGUUGAAAAUGUCUGGACCAAAAGUAAUUUGUGAUGUUGGAGUUUCCCCCUUACCAGAGGGAGCCCCCUUGUGGAGUACUGUGAAGCUGUUACCAUCGCAACUCCACUAUGCUGCACAGUAGAAGCCAUUUGAAGGUACAACAGGCUGUAUUUUAACAGAAUAUGCACCCUAAGGGGUUUU